CUGACUGAAGUUCUGUGAUUGAUGGGAAAUGCUUUAUGUUUAGCUUCAAAAAGUGUAGAAUGAAGGUUAAGCUGCUUUUGACUCUGGUUAAUAUCUUUGUGUGUUCAUUCUGAUUGAUCCGUGCUCAAGUAAUUUCAAUUUAAUUUAUUGUUUACUUGACCAUAUGAUGUGUGUAGCACUAGCAUCCCCACUCAUCACAUAGAUGGAUUUAUCAUCACUUUGAAAAUUUAAAAAUGUCAAAUGACCGAACAAUAUCCAUGUAGAGUGCAUCUAUAUCCUCCGGAGUCUUGUGAAAGUAAAGUCCUACUAAUCAAGCUCCUGAAACCACAAUCAUUUAUAGUGUUUGGUGUUAGCUACAAGACCAGGACGUUAAUUAGAGAGAUUAAUAAGAUGGAAAUCAAACUACGCCCCUAUCAAUUAUCUGAUGUGGACGACUUCAUGGAAUGGGCAUGCGAUGAUCAAGUAAUUCGUACAAGCAGACUUAGGUACUACACUUCAAGAGAAGAUGCACUUGAUUAUCUUAAGGAAGUUGCCAUUCCUCACCCAUGGUAUAGGGCUAUAUGUUUGGAGGACCGUCCAAUUGGAUUCAUAUGUGUCAAACCAGGGUCUGACAAUGAGAUAUGUAGAGGGCAAAUCAGCUAUGCUCUUGGAUCAAAGUAUUGGAACAAAGGUAUAACCACAAUGGCAGUGAAAAUGGUUAUUUCUAGGGUGUUUGAAGAGUUUCCGGGUAUGGAGAGAUUGGAAGGCUAUGUUAAUGUGGAAACUAAGGCCUCACAAAGGGUUUUGGAAAAGGCUGGGUUUCAAAAGGAAGGUGUACUUCAGAAAUACAUCAUUGUCCAUGGGAAGACUAUCGAUGUUAUUAUGUAUAGCUUUUUAAAAACUGACCAAAUAAUUAAUUGAAGGGAUUUAUCUAUUCUUAUU